CUCCCCCGCGACGCCGCCCCCCGCAUCGCGCACGGCCCCCGCCCCGGCGCCCGCAGCCUGUACCACCAGCACGUCCUCGACGAAGACGCCUACACCGCCGCCCUCUCCCACAUCAUCGCCCGCGACUUCUUCCCCCACCUCCCCCACCUCCACGCCACAAACCAGUACCUCGCCGCCCUCCACGCCAACGACCCCCAGCGCCUCGCCGCCUCCAUCCGCGCCCUCGCCGCCCUCGCCCGCGACCGCGAUGGCGCCGCCCACAGCAUCGACGACUCGGACGGCGAGCGGCUCCGGCGGCGCACAGAGUAUAGCAUGGCCCGCACGCCGUAUAUCGCCAUGCCCGGGUCUGGUGGCAGGCCGCUGCGGACGCCGGUGGGGACGCGGGGGUGGGACACGCCCCUCGGGAGCACCAGCCGGCGGGAUACAGAUGAUUUUGAUAUCGACACCCACGCCCGGCGCUCACCCGACGCCCCCUCCUCUGGACAGCCUCGCAAAAGACAGCGGCGGCUGCCCCCCGUGCGGGACGACCUCUCCCUCGACGCAUUCCAGCGCCACUUUACGUCCGAAGACAACGCCUCCUUUGUGCACAUCCUAGAUGAGGAAAACAGACGCAGGCGGGAAGAAAAGUAUGGAUGGGCGUUUGAGGCGGAGCGCAAGGCGGAGGCGAGGCGGAUUGAGGGCGAGACGAGGCGGAGGAUGAUUCUCGAUAGAGCAAAGGGCGGUGGGUGGAGAGUCGAUGGCGACGGCAGGCGGUUGAUUGGCGCGCUCGCCGAGGGCGGCAGGGACAGGCCCGAGGGCGAGGCGUGGAGGGAUAAGAUGAUUCAGGGGGGUGAAGCGGUAGAAGCGGUCGAGACGGUCGACACGACCGAGACAACCGCGACCCACCCCUCAUCCACCGCGCUCACCCAACCCUCCUCUCCCCCACCCCAACCCCUCUCCGAAAUCCCUCUGCCACCGAAACACCCCCUCGCCGAAGCACUCGCCGACGCCGGUCUUCCCCCUACCGCCCUCAUCUCCUCCACCGACGGCAUGAUCGUGCCGCACCGCGAGACCGCCUCGGGCGCACUCACCGUCUCUGCGCCACAGGGCGAUAGGGGACGAGGAGAGGACGAGCGGAAAGAGAGAGAGAGGAGGGAGAGGGAUGUGUUGGGGGAGGACAAGGGGGAAACGUUGUCUGCUGCAGGCAGCGGUGUGGAUAUGUGGAAGUAUAAAGCAAGGAACAGUCUCAUGUUCCUCCCCGACGCCAACACGAACCCAUACCCCGACGCUUCCUCCCUCUCCGCCUCGGCACCGUCCAUCCCGAUAAGCAACGCAAGACCGAGCGUAAAGCAUUCAAAUACGAGAUUGCAUGAAGAUGAUCCCACAUGGACGGCGGGUGUGGGGGGUAUGACUGGGGAAAACGGAAGAGGAAAAUCAAAGAGUGUGAGGGGGAGUAGUCCCUCGAGGAGUUUGAUCGAUGCCGCUGUGCGUGGUACACCGUACCGAGACACAGACCAACUGCCAAGCGUGAACAACUACCCACUCGUCCGACCCGACGCCUCGCCCUCCCCACACGACCUCCCAUCCCUCCUCACCUGGGGCACCCUCCUCGCCACCCCUCGCGCCUUGGAGGACAGCAAAGGCGAUGAUGAUCCGCUAGAGGAACGGCCGGCGUUCAGGUUGCCAGAGACGAAAAGACGGGACGAGCUUGGAAGGCGGCUGGCCGAAAAGGCGAGUAGGGCGAUGAGCGACAGAGCGAGGGGUUUCACGUCCCGAUCGGCGAAGAGUUCGUCUUCCGCUUUGGGAAAAGCACCGGGCAGUAUGGGUCCGCCGGCGACGCCGAGGAGGCAUGCGGACAGUUUGACGCCGGCGGCGAAAAGAUUGUUGGAAAAGACGGUGGGGAGGACGCCUGUGAGUGCGAGCAGGACUGCGUCGGGAUCGGGAUCAGGAUCAAGUAGGCCGCAGAAGAAUAUAGGUUGGACACCGACUCCACGGUAUCCACGACCGUCAUAGCUCCACGGUAAUCCACGACCAUCAUAGCUCCACGGUAAUCCACGGCCAUCAUAGAAACCAUUGUAUUAAUCCCGAGAUGUAACACGUGCAUGUUUACAGUAUAAAAUGCAAUCACACCCUGCCUUCUCUCAACCUCCUACGACCCGCACCGUUCCCAUUCAUCCCCUCCAUCACCGAGCCGUCUGCCCCGUAUCGCGUCCAAGCUGUAGUCACACUGCCGUUGGGAGCCCGGGGGUACGGAGAGUCGAGAUCAGCUUGGACGUGGCCUGUGGCGGAAGCGGCUGAAGAGGUGGUUGGUAGUCGGGAAAAAAAGAUCAAUUAAUCGAUCUCACCACCCAAAUAAAAAUACACACCACCGUCAUAUCGCGCACGAGGGAUACUGGCAAGGUCACCCCAUGAUCCGUUGCCUUGAUAACUUGCGCUCGAAGGACCGGCUGUAGUAGUACCGUGACCGGCUUGAGAGUAUUGAGACUGCAUACCAGCAGGGAGAUGGCCGACAGGAGGACCUGCGAGUUCUGUUUUAUACUUGUCAGCAAUUUAUUCCUCCAAACGCACUCACCCCUCCCCUCGAGAUACCCAUAAUGUCCCAAUCUGCCCUGUUUCAUUUUAGUCGAAUCGAACGGUCUGAGAUUUUUAUCUUCAGUCCCGGAAGAUUGGCUCAGAGCAGGCAUCGAUCCCAUAACUGAAGGGUCCCUUCCCAUCAUAUACGGGUUUUGCAUCCCUGGAUACCCGGCUCCUUGACCGCCCAUACCACCGCCCCAUUGAUAAGGAUUAUACAUCAUCAUAUUUGACCUAGGGGAUGGAUUUGGGUUGAGAAGCGAUGAGGUGAUUGGAGUAAUAGGGCAUUGUCGAUGGUAUCGGCGAGUAGGUGACGUAGAAGAACGGCCGGGAGAGCGUGAACGGCGGCGAUGUUGUGGGUUUGAAAGCAAGAUGUGGUGAGGCCGUGACAUGGUUGGGAAAAGGAGACAUAAUGUCAGCUUAUAUACCUUGUUGAUGCCACACAGCCAAAAAAAUAAAAUAAGAAGCAGUAAUCCAUGCGAGUCAUAAAAAUGAGCUCCAUUGAUUAUUCAAAGAAUGAAAAGGAGCAAAAGGGGAACCACCAGAAGACGAAAAGUAAAUGACGAACUGUGGGGACCCAAAGCUUCCCGGCAUACCGACACCCAUUCGUCGAGGUUGAGCUAUAUCACCCAUUGGCAUACCCAUCAUCGACAUGCCAUUCUGAGAUGAGGGUCCCAUGGGACCUACACCGCCAAGACCAAAGCCGAUCCCACCAUAGCUGGUAGGUUGAGGCAUAGGCUGUUGGUAAGCAGACAUGUCGUACUGCUGUUGCCCUCCGAUUGACUGCACGGCGGACUGCAAAGCCGUCGGGUGAAGAGGAGGCGACAUUCCAAACAUGAUGAAAAGAGGAACCAGAUGGUUUGGUAUACAGAAAAUGGGAAUUCAAUGGAGCGAAUGAGUACGAAUUUCAAGCUAUAUUCGUGUCACAUAUUCCGUAGGACAAUGGAUGAAUGCGGGGCACAAGGUCCUGCAAAGGCAGAUCGAAAUCUACAGACAUCCUUUGUAUAAAGGAGACCGACGAAAGGGACUUUGACUCACAACCCGUAUGCUUGUUGCUCCUCAGAGGUCAUCUCUCCCUCCUUCGGCAUAUCCACUUGGUUCAUAGUCUUUGGAUCCUGACUGCAUCUGUUUAAUGCCAUCCUGUAACCAUUAAUCACUCACGUUGAAGGGUUCGCAGCAUGUACUGCCAUGACAUUCGGGUCCUCGUACAUGCCCCACCAAUAAGAAGGGUCCCAAUAAGCCGGAUGAGCAUAGUACGCUUCAUAGCCAUAAGGUACCAUUGCUUGUCGCUGAGCAACAUCAAUUGCCGCUUGUUGGUCUUCCGAUUGAGGUGGCGCAGUCUGUUCGGACAUGGCGGUUUGAGACUGCCCAGCGGGAUAUCCAGAAGCCCAAGACGCCACCUCGGUUGGCGAGGAUUCAAGAGACGACGCCGUAUGCACACUAUUGGCAGACUGAGGCGAGAAACCAAAAGGUCGUGCAAUAGCUCGUUCUCUAGGCUCCCAAUUCCUCAUUCCACUUGACUCCAUAUCUCCUUCUCUCUCUGCUUUCCUAGCAAGCCAAUCCUCAUAUUCCUUUUGUGCCUUUUUGAGCAAGUCUGGGGUAUGGUUGGCUGUGGAAGAAGGGCGAGAUUCUUCUCCGAAUAGUUCGGGAUUGGAAAUGGCUGGAGAAAACAAUUCCGACGCACGUGAAGGGUGAAGUCGAGGACGGACACCUACAUGAACAGACGUAACGCCAGCUGUUACAGCUCGGAUUGGAGUACGGGGCAUACUAGGGGGAAAGGCUGCUCUUGUCAGCUUAAUGAUAUAUUUGGAAUAAUCUAGUCAAGCACUUACCAACUUCCCUCCCUGGCUCUCGCCGGCGCCUAUCCUCUUCCUCUCUAGCAGUUGACUUUUCCUCUCCAAACCUCUCCCAUUCACCGUCAUUGUGCCUUUGCUCAACAAGUUCUCUGGCAAUCUCGGGUUUUCGGGAUGAAGGGCCAAGAUUAAGUUUUUGAGCAUCUUUGACUAGCUCUGCUUCCCAUUCAUCAGCCAUAGUGACCUCGUUGUGCGCCGGUGACGGCACGGCUUUCCUCGUGACAAGAUUCGCCCGUGCCGUGGCUUGGAUACUUUUUCUCUGGUUUGGAUGCUGAGCAGUUUGGGGAGCAGAUGCAGGUUUAACUGCUGGAGGCCGGGUAGACGGUGAUUUGGCCGGUAUAGGAGGUUUGGGAGUCUGACCAGAAGCUACAUUCUCCCUCAAAUUAACUUGCGAAACCCGCUGACGAGGCAUACGAGCAAACUCAGCAGAAUGCUGUUGUGCUACGCGUGCGGCAGCGUUGGUAGUAACUUCCUGUCUGAGAGAGGAUUUCGAAGCUGAAGCUCGAAUGGCUGGGCGUCGACUCGGACUUGGUGGCAUAGAGCCAGCAGGGGAAGGACCUUUGGAUCUGCUAGGAAGAGGCGAGUCUGUGAGGCCUAGGGCGGACAUGGACAGACUUGAAAAGGUGGAGGGGUAGGUGGUGGACGAGGAGGUGGACAGGAGGCUGUCUCUAUUAGCCAUUGAGGGGUGCACUGAGGUUGUAAGCGAGAAAGCCGAAGAAGAGGGAAAAAGUAGAUGUUUGAACGACUUGCCAUACAUCCUUUAGGAGGGUGGAUCUGCGUGCAGUAGAAUAUAAACCAACAUGGCGCUCGCGAACCGACGAGGAAUUCAUUCAACGAC